AUGAGUGAUAAGGUAGUGCGUGCAAAGUUUGUUGAGAGUGUGCAGCCGCGGCUCGGUGGAGACACCACGCGGGUUAUCCUGAAGGCGUUGCACCAAGGGCAAGUGAAGGAGGUUAAGGAUGGUGAGGAUGUUGAGGUUGAUGAGGAGCAAGAAGGUAAGAGUGGCAUGGUGGUGAUGCCCUCUCCGCUGUUGAGCUCGACGCCACCUAGCGUGGUGCGGUCCAUGGUGCGAUUGUAUCCAUACCUGAAGUUAACAGAUAAGGCUCUUGGGGUACUGACGUGGAGUGAUUUUAGCAUAUGGAAUAGCAUUGUGUUAGUACCGGCUUAUCUCCUCUUUGUCUUAUACUAUGAGGUGUUUGUGGCCUACUUGGGUCAUAUGAUAGUGAUAUUCUGUGUACUGGGCCUUAUGUGGAUUUACAACUUUGUCGAAUCACCUCAAGAUGUACCAAUUCUGGAAGAUAUAGUACUUAAAAUGAAUCGCGUGCAGUACAAGUUUGAUAAAUUCAUUGAGCCAGUGAUUACACUAAAGGAACAAGAUAUAACGAAAUUGCUGUACGUUAGUAUGCUAAUCUCGCCUAUUUACGUGCUGCUGGGGUGCCUGCUCGGUAACGAGUUCAUUCGGUUUAACAUCGCAAGCUUUGGUGUGCUUAUAUUGACAUACCAUUCUCCAUGGUGUAAGACUUUGAGAAGACUACUGUGGAAAUUCAAGUUUGUCAGAACAGUGAUAUAUAGGGUGAUGGGUAUACAGACUUACGAAGUACAGGAGCCCAAGAUCAACUUAGACAAGAAAUACAAAUUUACGUAUGUCUUAUAUGAGAACCAGAGAAGAUGGCUUGGAAUUGGAUGGAAGUCAAGCAUGCUGAGUUAUGAGAGAACACCUUGGACUGACGAGUUCUUAAAUGAGGCCCCCAAACCAUCUGAUUUCCAAUUACCAAACAAAGAAUGGAAAUGGCUCGAUAGUGAAUGGAAGCUUGAUCUAAGCAAUGAUGGCGCCAUUGAGGUACCAGGAGAGAGGUUUUUAACGAAUCCAAAGGAGAAUGAUGGCUAUAUAUACUAUGACAAUACUUGGAAAAACCCAAGCAUCGAGGAUACAUUUUCAAAGUACACUAGAAGAAGAAGAUGGAUACGAACUGCAGAGCUAAUUGAGAAACUUCCAACAGCAGCAACAACGACGGCAACAUCAACGUCAACAACAACACCAUCUGUAAAAUAA